GUUUCGAAGUGAUCAGACUAGAAAUGUAAGGAAAGUAAAGAAAACUGUCAACUUAUGACAUCUUAAAAUCAAUUCAUCAAAUUCUUAAUUAAAAGAGAAAUCUCAAAUCUGACUGACUGCUUUAUCAUUCAAACCAAUCAAUAUGUAAUCACGUGGAGGAGACAAGAGGGAAAUAUUGGCAUAUUCGUAUCGACAUGUGUCCAAAUUCUCAUCAGAUUUGGUGGUAAAACUGUAUAAAAGAAGCAAUGUUUUACAGAGUUAUUCACAUUCAUCCAACGGGAUUCACCGCGUGUUAUCUGUUGGUACAUUGGACUGUUUCUCUGCUGUAGAAAUCGACGUCGAAGAAGUCAUGGGGCCAUUUUUAAUUGCCUGCCUACUCAUGUCUCUUGGAGCCAUGACGGUUGAGGGUACAUGUAACAUCUAUCAGAUGACCUCAAUCCAGAUUGACUUCUGCGACUAUGCCCAGGUUAUCAGCGACCUCGUCCCCGGGAUGGUUUCAUCUAACCAGCUCCAGCGCUGCAUCGCUAACAUGGACAGGGAUAUGUGCAGACCAGUUUUAGACUGCCCGAAUUCAGAAAACAUGAUUAAUGACGCAUUGGAACUUCUCGAUCACAUCUUGGCAGACGAUUCGUGUACCGACCCAUGCACGUCGAAUCCAUGCGUCCACGGAUCCUGCACUCGUCUGACCUCUCAAACCUACUCAUGCACGUGUGUAGCAGGAUACACCGGAAGUACUUGCAAUACGGAUAUCAACGAAUGCGCAUCAAACCCUUGCCAAAAUGGAGGAGCUUGCGUCGAUGGAGUCAAUUCCUUUACCUGUAAUUGUGCGUCUGGCUUUGGAGGAGACAGAUGCCAAACCAAUAUCAACGAAUGCGCAUCGAUUCCUUGCCAAAAUGGCGGACUGUGCGUAGAUGGAGUCAAUUCCUUUACCUGUGACUGUGCGUCUGGUUUUACAGGAGAUCGAUGCCAAACCGAUAUUAAUGAAUGUGCAUCGAACCCGUGUCAAAAUGGAGGAGCUUGCGUCGAUGGACUCAAUUCAUUUACCUGUACCUGUGCGUCUGGCUUUGAAGGAGAUCGAUGCCAAACUGAUAUCAACGAAUGUGCCUCUAACCCGUGUCAGAAUAGCGGAAUGUGCGUCGAUGGACUGAAUUAUUUUACCUGCAAUUGUGCGCCUGGCUUCGAAGGAGACCGAUGUCAAACCAACAUUGACGAGUGCGCCUCGAAUCCUUGCGAAAAUGGUGCAUUGUGCGUCGAUGGUCUGAAUUCUUUUACCUGUAUCUGUGCGACUGGCUUUGAAGGAGACCGAUGCCAAAUCAACAUUGACGAGUGCGCCUCGAAUCCGUGCGAAAAUGGUGCAUUGUGCGUCGAUGGACUGAAUUCUUUUACCUGUAACUGUGCGACUGGCUUUGAAGGAGACCGAUGCCAAAUCAACAUUGACGAGUGCGCCUCGAAUCCGUGCGAGAAUGAUGCAUUGUGCGUCGAUGAACUCAACUCCUUUUCUUGUAUUUGUGCACCUGGCUUCAGGGGAGAUCGCUGCCAUAUCAACAUUGAUGAAUGCGAAUCGAAUCCAUGCGAGAACGGCGGAGCGUGCAUCGAUGAUGUCAAUUCAUUCAUCUGCGAAUGUCCACUCGGCUUCGAAGGACCUACUUGCGAUAUGGAUACGGAUGAAUGCAGUCAGCAACCUUGCGAAAACGGUGGCGAAUGCGUCAAUGAAUUUGGUGGAUUUAUCUGUCAAUGUGCCGAAGGAUUCGUGGGCGAAACCUGCGAGAUUGAUAUUGAUGAAUGUUUGAUGGCACCGUGUUCAAACGGUGGUAUAUGCACAAACUUACAAGGAUCAUAUGAAUGCACCUGCGACCCCGGUUUCACUGGACAGAACUGCGAAAUUGUCCUGGUUGUCGGAACCGGUCCUGCAUGCUACACGGAACUCGACGGGUCGGACUACAGAGGAGAGGUUAAUACCACUGACCGCGGCUACCCGUGCCAGGCCUGGGCAAAUACUCAUCCGAACCGCGUUGGAGAUUUGGAGCAUUACCUAUUCCGUGACCAUUCCAACUUCUGUCGUAACUACCCUGGCAGUGGAAAGUCGGGUCCAUGGUGCUACACUAACAUAGAGGAGAUCGAAUGGGAGUAUUGCAGUGAUGUUCCCACUGUCUCUGAUAUUUGCAACGACAAGCCACACAUUGAAGAUUUCACCGAGCAGAAAGCCGCGUUCGACGCUCUAACCUUGGAUUCUGCUUACGUUGAGGCAGAGUGCUACACCAAUCCGAUCGGCACGGACUACUACGGGUACGUUUCGCAGACCGAAGACAACUUUGUGUGUCAGCGGUGGGAUGUAAACUACCCUAACAAGAGAAACGAUGCUAAGAAGAGCAAACCACGACACAACAUGCUAGUCUUCGGAAGCCAUAACUACUGCAGAAACGACGGCACGGGUCCUGAUGGGGCUACCGAUAGGCCAUGGUGUUGGAUCGCUGAUCCGAUCGCGAUCGAUGCUGGAAAGAGAUGGGGCUACUGUGACACAGAGAAGUACUUGAGUGCCUCAUGUCCAAACAAAGGCAAUCCUGUUGGCCAGGACAGGGUUGGGAUCUACCCGGAGUGCAUGACCACCGCUCUCGGUAUCGACUACGCAGGCAGCGUGAACGUCACCGAGACUGGUUUACCGUGCAUGGAUUGGGCCGAUCUCAAUGAGGCCAACAAAUACAACGUCGCUUUCAGUGACCAAGACAACAAAUGCCGGGCACUAAGUGACAGUGACAAAUAUGGGCGCCCUUGGUGUUUCGUGACUACGAGCCUCAGCGAGAAAUGUCGGGUCAAGGAUCACUACGACCAAUGUUUCCCAGCCGUAGCUGCUUAGAUCCGUGGUCAGCGAUCUCGACAAACAUAAUGACAAAUGACUUGUGCACCGAAUAAAUGCUCCACCAGAAUUAUUGAUUUUAGCAAAUGAUUUUACAAGUUGAUUAUUCUUAUUUACUUUCUUUCUUUCUUUCUUUCCUUCCUUCCUUCUUUCUUUCUUUCUUUCUUUCUUUCGUUCUUUCUUUCUUUCUUUCUUUCUUUCUUUCUUUCUUUCUUUCUUGCUUCUUCCUUUGUCCAUCUCUUAUCUUCUACUCUCUAUCUUUAUUCAUUUCUUUCACUCUCUCUUCAGUUAUCACCAAACAUAAUUAUGUAAACGUAUGAGCCAUUAUGAUUAUAGAAGAUGCUUUUCUGGGAAGCUUAUUUUAUCAAGUGCAUAUAGGCGGCUUUGCGUACAUAGACUAUCAAAAUAAUGUAUUACAUUUUUAAUCAAGCUCCCCCUGAAGGAGUUGCCAUUCACUUACCUACAUAGGCUUUCUAAUUCAGAAAAGUCUAAAUUAAACACCUUCCUUCUACAUGAUAUAUUGGUUAUGGAAGCCCCCAACUGGUUUGUCUUGAAUCACUUGGCUUCACAUUCCAAGUCUCAAAUGUAACACAUACUUAUAGUUUAUUUUCAUCAUGAUUUUCAAAUGAACAAUAUAAGCAUAAAAACAACCCUUGUUGAACUAUUUCCUCCGUAAGCCUUUUGUGUCUUGAAACAUAUGAAAUGAAAUGUCAAAGAUAAUUAGCAAUGAAAUAAAGCACGAUAUGAUUAAUGAAGAGAAUAAUGUCGUCCUCGUUACUUAUUCCAGUCGAAUGGGAUUGAAUCUUGUGACAUUUGGGCACGUUUCCGAGAGGUUGCUGUUACAAACAAUUGUCAUUAUCUAUCAGUAAUAAUAAGCAGUCAGUGCAUCUUAUCCUGUUAACUAUAAAAUGGAUUUGGUCAAUUAAGGCAUAAAACUUUGACGAAUCGGUGCCCGGAUAAAUUAUUAUCUUCUUAUAUUG